UUAUUAUUCCAAUAUUUGAAUAAAAUGGAACCUCCCAAUAUAAACUUUGACUCAAAAAGAAACAAAAGUCUGUCUAAAAUCAGCUAUUUUAAAAGUGAUAAUGGAUUAGUUGUUCAGAACGAAGGCCAGUUCUACAAAAACGGAAGGAUGCAUCCCUCAAAUACGAACUGGAAUAGAGAAAGUGAUAGCGUUAAUGACUCCCUCCCGGAUAUGAAAGGGAAUAGAGUCUUUGCCGAAACUCCUCAGAAUCUCCAGAAGAAGAUAACAGCUAGAACUAUGCAGAAAACUCUUCUGGGACAAGAAGAAGAUGGGCUAACUACUCUUCUUAAUAAAAUAUACCUGAACUCAUGAUGCCCUUAUUUCUACCUCACAAUAGCUAUUAUCUGAAUCUUGAUGAUUUUGUGGGUGGUGAUACAAGGAAAAACAGCUAUUAGGUCACUUGCGUUCAAGAUGUUUGAGUUAUUCAUCAACCUUUUUAUCGUAAUCGACAUAAUCUGUAAGAUAUUUUUACUUGGAUUCGAAGCCUACUUCAAAAGACUUAGUAAUAUCUUAGAAUUUUCCAUUGGAGUGAUCUGCGUCUUAAUUUACUUCCUGUAUUAUCUUUCGACAACUUUUGAAAAACUAGAUUAUAACGAACUCCUUGAAAAUAUUGUCUUCUGAUGAUGGUGAAUAUGGCAAGUCUUCAGAAUAGUAACUCUAUUCUAUAAGCAAAGACGUACAAGAAGAACUGAGGCUGAUAAUGUUUCUUUCUCAAAAUUUCACGAUGAAAUCGAUCAUGAUAGCUUUGCUGUAAAACCCUCUGAAAAUGGUGAAGAAGAGCAUAAGUCAAAGAAAACUCGAAAUGCGAAAUUACCUAGUAGAACUUCAAGUCUUCGGAAUGAUAAUAAGAUAUCUCAAUCAAUGCUGCAGUAAAAUGGAGAGGUUUAAAAUAAUUAAUG